AUGGGGCCCACCAUUGCACCCUCUGACGGCCCUCGCCGUCCUGGCUGCGCUUCCUUUCCCAUCGGCCUGGGUUGUGAGCCGUUAGGCCCGGGGUCGUCUCGGGGGUUCAUUAAAUUAGGGAAAAAAAUGAAGAUACAUUCCAUGGACCAAGGAGUGGAACAUCUGCUGGUUUUAUCCUCCGAUGGAAAACCCUUUGAGUACAACUACAGCCUAGAACAUGCAAGGUUUCAAAGCAUUUUACAAGAAAAAAGUAUAAUUCAGAUUGCCUGUGGAGAUUAUCAUUCUCUUGCACUUUCUAAAGGUGGUGAGCUUUUUUCGUGGGGACAGAACUUAUACGGCCAGCUAGGAGUUGGAAAGACAUUGUCCUCAUCUCCCACACCACAGAUUGUGGAGCAUCUUGCAGGAGUCCCCUUGAUUCAGAUUUCUGCAGGAGAAGCACACAGCAUGGCUUUGUCCAUGUCUGGAAACAUCUACUCAUGGGGAAAAAAUGAUUUUGGACAACUAGGCCUGGGCCACACCAAGAACAAAGAUUUUCCUUCUCUUAUUGAAGCAGUAGACAAUCAGAAAGUUGAAUUUGUUGCUUGUGGUGGCUCUCAUACUGCCCUGCUUACUCAGGAUGGGCUGCUGUUUACUUUUGGUGCUGGAAAAUAUGGGCAGCUUGGUCACAAUUCAACACAGAAUAAGUUGAGUCCUUGUUUGGUAACUGAGCUCCAUGGACAUAGAGUGACUCAAAUAGUUUGUGGAAGGUGGCACACACUUGCCUACGUUUCUGAUGUGGGAAAAGUUUUUUCCUUUGGUUUUGGGAAAGAAGGACAAUUAGGAAAUGAUGGAAAACAUAAUCAACUGAUACCACUUCCCAUGAAAUUGGCAUCAAAUGAACAACUCAAACUGGAAUAUCACAAUUCAGGAAAGGAACUGAUAAUGAUUGCUGGAGGGAACCAAAGCAUUUUGCUGUGGAUGGAAAAAGAGAAUUCCUAUGUAAAUCUGAGAAGAAAAAUUCUUACAUUGAAUGAAGGGACUCCAAAGAGAUGGAUUGCAGAUGUAGGAACUAAACAGUGGCAGAAUACAAAAAGGGAAAUUCGAGAGAUAUUUGCAUCUCCUGCCUGCCUGACUGGAAGUUUCUUAAAGGAAAGACUGACUGCAGAAACCAUGUCUGUUUAUCUGGACUUAAGUAAAGCAAGAAACACCUUUAAGGAAUUAACUCAAAAAGACUGGAUUAUUAACACGAUAAUCGCCUGUAUUAAGGACAAUCUGCUAAAAAAUUUGCCAUUCCAUUCUUCAUACCAAGAAGCACUAGAAGUUUUCUUGCUACUCCCACAAUGUCCUGUGAUGCAUGAUAUUAACUACUGGGAGAACCUAGUAGUACCAUUUGCCGAGGCUAUUUGUAAAAUGAGUGACCAAUCAUUAAGAAUUAUGGAGAUGCUCUGGACCACACUACAAGAGUCUGUUUUCAGCAAACUGGUGCAGAUGUUUAAAACUGCCUUGGGUGCUCAGUUGCGUUACUGGGCUGAAAAUGAUGUGAAUAACGGCCACCUUAAAGCUCUCCUAGAAAUACUGAAAAUGCUGCAUAGGGUUAAUCAGAACAAAUUUCAACUGCCUGAAAAUAUUUUUGAAGUAGAUGAAUUAUCAGAAUGGCUCAAUUUUUAUGGAGAAGCAUAUCGAAGAUCCUCUUGGAAAACAAAUGGGGACACUGGAGCUAAUGCACAAUAUUCUAUCAUAUUCAGUCACUUCCCAUUUAUUUUUAAUAUUCUGUCGAAAAUUAAACUACUGUAUGCAGAUUCACUUCUGAAAAUACAGGAGAGAAAAAUAAGAGCUUGUAUGAGUUUGGCAGGAAUUUUGGUACAAGAAGAGUCAGAAUUCGCUUUGGUGCCCACUUUUAAUCUUCGAAUAAGAAGGAAUCACUUGGUUGAGGAUGUUUUAAAUCAACUAAGUCAAUUUGAAAAUGAAGACCUCAGGAGGGAGUUAUGGAUUUCAUUUAGUGGAGAAAUUGGAUAUGACUUUGGAGGAGUCAAAACAGAGUUCUUCUACUGUCUGUUUGAAGAGAUGACCCGGCCAGAAUAUGGGAUGUUUGUUUAUCCUGAAGAGGCUUCCUACAUGUGGUUUCCUGUCAAUCCUAAAUUUGAGGUGAAGAGAUAUUUCUUGUUUGGAGUUCUCUGUGGACUUUCCCUUUUCAAUUGCAAUGUUGCCAACAUCCCUUUCCCAUUGGCACUCUUUAAGAAGCUUUUGGCUAAAACCCCAUCACUGGAAGAUUUAAAAGAACUUAGUCCUGUUAUGGGGAAGAGUUUACAAACACUUCUGGAAGAUGAAAACAGUGAUUUUGGAGAAACACUUUACAUCUAUUUUAAUGUACACUGGGACAGAACUGAUGUAGACUUAAUUCCUAAUGGAAGAUACAUAGCUGUCAACCAGACUAACAAGACAGACUAUGUGUCUAAGUGUAUUGAUUAUAUCUUCAACACCUCUGUAAAGGAAAUUUAUGAAGAAUUUCAGAGAGGAUUUUAUAAAGUGUGCAACAAGGAGAUAAUAGAAUUUUUCCAGCCUGAAGAACUGAAGGACGUGAUUAUUGGAAACACAGAUUAUGACUGGGAAAUGUUUGAAAAGAAUGCAAAUUAUGACCGAGGAUACAGUAAUUCACAUCCCACUAUAGUGAUGUUCUGGGAGGCUUUACACAAACUGACUCUGGAGGAAAAGAGAAAAUUCCUUGUAUUCCUUACAGGAACUGACAGAUUACAAAGGAAAGACUUAAAAGAUAUGAAAAUAACAUUUUGUUGUCCUGAGAGUUUGGAUGAAAAAGAUCCCAUGAGAGCCCAAACAUGCUUUAGUCUUCUCUACCUCCCUAAGUAUUCUACCAUGGAAAGAGUAGAAGAAGCACUUCAGAUAGCCAUCAACAGCAACAGAGGCUUUGGCUGACCUUCUACCAUACUCUUACUCUGGUUUCUAAUAAAAUUAAAUUGAAAGUUAA